AGUGCACGCGCUCGCUGGGAGGAGCGCGAGCUCAGUCAGGGAGCGCGAUGGCGGAGAGAGAGAAGCAGGAGGCUACAGGAACCCGGCGGCCCUCAUCAAUCACCCCGCCGCCGGCAUGCUGCCGAAAAACGCUGAUGAACUGGAAAAGGCCGGUGAAGACUUGCGCCACCUUUGCAGCGACGAACGUCGUUUUCUGGUUUGUGUCCUUUAGUCCAUUCCGAGUGGUUUGUCUUCUCUGCUUGUGUCUGCUUCUAUUGCUGCUGGUACAGUUGCUGAGGGACAUGGCACUUUCCAAGUCAAGAGGAUCCAGUUUAUGGCGAAGUAUGACAGGCAGCUGGGAGCUAGUGGACUCGGGUCAGGAGAGCAGGUCUGGAGCCGAAGCUCAGCUUACAGACUGCUGGCUGAGCAUCAAGCUGUUCCUUGAGGAGACGUCUUCUUUCAAACAGCAGAAUCCGGGGAAGUUUUGUCUUCUGGUAUGCAGCUUGUGUUUUUUCCUGGCCAUACUGGGCAAGUACAUUCCAGGAGUUGUUGUUUCAUAUAUUAUAGUGCUAGGCAUUUUCCUGUGGCCUAUAGUGUCGUCACAUGAGUUUGGGAUGUGGCUGGAACCAAUUCUGCAGAAAGUGAACUUUGGAGUGGGGCACUUCCUGCAAAAGAUUAAAGAGAAUCAUGAAAAGAGAUUGCUCCAAGCAGAGGCUGAGAAAGAAAGCAUUGAAGCCGAUCUGUCCUCGAUGUUCCCUAAGCUGGACUCCAUGGUGUGUCGGGAGCUAUCUGUAUCAGACACCGAAGUCUCUGAAGUAACGUGGACCGAUAACGGCACCUUUAACUUAUCAGAAGGACACACACCUCAGACAGAGAACUCAGAGGAUUUAGAUCGUCGCAGCGAGGAGGAGGUGUUCUCCGGUGGCCUAACUGAAUUUCCUUCCCUGGAUAAUGGCGUAGGGACUAACGGGGAUGAUGAGGACUUGAGUAUCGGCCUUCCCACCGCGUCUAUCUCCCAGCACAGAGAAGCUCGAGGGACUGGUGUGGGGGAUGAGGCUGCAGUGACUCAAGCUUUGGGACUUCUACAGAGGACGGCCGAGAAUGCCAUCACAGCCGCAGUCACUGCUGCCAUACAAGAGCGGCUGGAGUCAGCGAUUGCUGAGAAUACAGACAGCGAGGCUGAGGACUUUGAGCUGCUGGACCAGUCUGAGCUUGAACAUCUGGAGGGCGAGCUGGGUCUGGAGAAAGCAAGUGGUGAGCCUCAGUCCAAAGAUGCCAAAAAUGCUGGCUUUUUCUCCAAACUGCUUGGGCACCAGUAAUGACAUAAUGUUUGCAAUGGGGCAGAAGCGUGAAUAGAAAACAGUCCUAGAGACUGGGGAAGGUCCAGAUUAAUGGCGGUAUUCCAUCAUUGUUGUUUUUUUUUUUUAUUAAAUGUUAAUGUUUCAAUUAAACCACCUUGCAGUAAAUUCCAAAUACAUAGAGGAAGGAUGCUUCCUGUACAGUGACGUACAAAGGUGGGAAUGAGGGUUCGAUAUUUUCGGUUUCUUUGAUAUCUUCUUCAUUUACCCAACUUAAAGUGGUUUCAGACCUGGUCCCCAUUUUAAAAUAAAUUCUAUAAAAACUUU